AUGCUGCAGCGCCUCCUUGUCGUUGGCCUCGUCGGCGCCGCCGCCGCCUUGGUCGAGGACCCGACCAGCAUGUGCUCGCGCGUGCCCACGAACCGCAUCGACUGCUACCCGCCGACGGCCGCCUUUCCCAACGCGACCGCCGAGUCGUGCCUGGCCCAAGGCUGCUGCUGGGACCCGAAGGACGACGUGCCCUGCGCGUUUGGCGGUCUCCCGACGCCGGCGCCCUCGGCCUGCAGCGCGGUCGUCAAGUCGUCGCGCAUGGCGUGCCGCAACCCGCGCUACUUUCCGUCGGCCAACUCGUCGGACGUGUGUGCGGCCAUGGGCUGCUGCUUUGACGCCUCGUCGUCCGAGUGCUUCCAGCCGGCGUUUGAAGGCUACCGCCUCAACGAGUCGUCGUGGCGCGAGACAUCCAAGGGCUUUACGGCGACGCUCGUCUUGCCCAAGGGCGCGCGCGGUCCAUUUGGCAACGACAUCCGCACGCUCGCUCUCAAUGUCAACACGGAGCACAAGAACUAUGUGCGCGUGCGCAUCACGGACCCGAACUUUGCGCGCUACGAAGUCCCGAUCAAGCUCCACGGCCUCAAGCCGUCGGGCCACAAGUUCAACCGGACGUACGACGUGAGCGUCACGAACGCGCCGUUUGGUAUCGCGGUGACGCGCCGCGCGACGGGCGAAGUCCUCUUCAACUCGACGCCCAGCGGCGCCUUCAACGGCCUUGUGUUCGAGAACCAGUUCAUUGAGCUCUCGACGUCGACACCGUCGCGCGCCAACUUUUUCGGCAUGGGCGAGCACGUCGGGUCGCUCCUAGCGCCAACCGACGGCGACCACUACACGAUCUUUGCCCGCGACCAGGUCGCCAACAUGUACCACGCGCACACGAAAGUGGGCAGCGACAACGUGUAUGGCGUGCAUCCCUUUUACAUCCGCCGCGAAGCGUCGGGCAAGACGCACGGCGUCUUCCUCGUCAACUCGAACGCGAUGGAGGUCGUGGCCCAGAACCAGUCGCUCACCUUUCGCACGGUCGGCGGUGUCUUGGAUUUCUUUGUGUUUCUCGGACCCGCGCCGUCGCACGUCGUGCAGCAGUACACGAAGCUCGUCGGCCGCCCGGCGCUCCCGCCGUACUGGUCGCUCGGCUACCACCUCUGCCGCUGGCACAACCACGAAAUGUCGGACGUGACCUCGGUCGUUGCCCGCAUGCGCGCCGCCGGCGUGCCACAGGACGGCCAGUGGACCGACAUUGAUGUCAUGGACAAGUGGCUUGAUUUUACAUGGGACCCGGUGCACUUUCCCCAAGCCAACUUUUCCGCGUUCAUCGACGACCUCCACGCCCAUGGCCAGCACUACGUGCCGAUUGUGGACGCGGGCAUUAGCAACCAGUACGACGACUACGUGUCCUACGACGAGGGCUUGGCCAUGGACGUGUACAUGAAGGACCCGGCCAACGUUGGCAUUGAAGAGAACAAGGUGUGGCCCGGCAUGGUGGCGUUUCCGGAUUUCUUCCACCCGAACGCGUCGGCCUACUGGCACAAGCAGCUCGAACGCUACUACGCGACCGCGCAGUACGACGGCAUUUGGCUCGACAUGAACGAACCCAGCAGCUUUUGCGUCGAGGGCGGCCGCGAGUCGCGCACGUGCAUGUUCAACGACAGCUUUGUGCCCGCGUCGUUUGUCAAGUCGGCCGACGUGCAAGCGCCUUUUGACCCGUACCGCCAGUCGUACGUCCCGGGCCAAAAAGUGCUCGGCAACCUCGCGACGCAGACGGCGGCGCUCGGCUCGCACCACUACAACUCGAUUCACUACAACGUGCACUCGCUCUACGGGCACUCGGAGAUCAUGGCGACGCGCUCGGCCAUCGACCAAAUCCGCGGCAAGCGCUCGUUCAUUCUCGCGCGCUCGACCUUUGCCGGCGACGGGCAGUACACGGCGCACUGGCUCGGCGACAAUGGCGCCACGUGGCCCGACAUGAAGUACUCGAUUGCCGGCGUUCUUGCGAUGAACAUGUUUGGCAUGCCGAUGGUGGGCCCGGACGUCUGCGGCUUCUCCUUUGAUACGACGAAGGAGCUCUGCGUGCGCUGGCACCAGACCGCGGUCCUCUUCCCGUUCAUGCGCAACCACAACGAAGCCACGAUCGACCAAGCACCGGUCGACUUUGACGACGAGGCGCUCCACAUCAUCCGCGCGACGCUCUUCAAGCGCUACGCACUCCUUCCGUACCUCUACACGCAGCUGUACCACGCGUCGGCGGACGGCGUGACGGCGGCGCGGUCGCUCUACUUUGAGUUCCCGGACGACCUCGCGACCUUGGCCAUUGACACGCAGUACCUGCUUGGCUCGGCGCUCAUGGCGUCGACGGUGGCGGCCUACUUUCCUCAGGCGGCAACCUGGUUUGACCUCUGGAACGGUCUGCGCGUCAACACGACGACGUCGGCCAACUUGGUCUUGGAAGCGCCUCUGGACACGGUGCCCAUGUUCAUCAAGGGCGGCUCGAUCGUGACGCUGCAGGAGCCCAGCACGACGACGGCCGCGAGUCGCAAGAACCCGUUUGCGCUCAAGAUUGCGUUUGCCGACGCGGCCAACGACAGCCACGUGGAAGCGACGGGCGACCUCUACAUGGACGCGGGCGACUCGCUCAACCCGCUGACGACCAAGGCGUUCUCGCUGAUGACGUAUGCGGCCAAGCACUUUCCCAACGGCAUGCUCGAGGUGGUCGGUGCCGUGGCCGCGAGCGGCUUUACCGGCCCCGAGACGACGGUCCCGCUCGCGACGAUUGAAGUCUACGGCGCGCGCGGCAUUGCGGCCAGCGCCGAGCUCACUGUCGAGUACACCAAGGGCUCGACCAAGCGCGUGGCCAACGCCACGUACAACGCCACGAGCAACGUGGUGACGAUCGGAGACCUCCACCUCGAGGUCGGCGCGGCCUUUACGCUGCAGAUGUUCCCCAAGGCCGCGACGAUUGUGUCGUCGACGUUGUCGCCGGUGGGCGUGCAGGUCAAGGCGGGCACGGACGAGGCGGCCAGCGGCGUCUCGUGGUGGAUCAUUGGCGGUGCGAUUGCCGUCGGUGUCCUCCUUGUCGCUGCGCUUGCGCAGUGCUACCGCCGCCAGGGCUACAACGCUGUCGCCUAA